AUGGACAUCGAGACAUUCACUUACUCGACCGUCUUCCCCGUUCGAUCCCGGCGGAAGUCAAGUAUAGUAGCUGGCGCAACACUUCAUUCCGCUAUCUAUCCAACCUCUGCGACUAUGUUACAGGAUAGCUUGAUCUCAUUCCUCUCCUACAUCAAGACCCAGAACAUUCCCAUCCUCCCCGUCACCAAGCCUGAUAUCCGUUCGGUCUUAGGCCAGGGCGCUUCCUUUCUGGUCAAUGGCGCCGAGGUACCCGAGGCCUACGUGGAUCCUGUCUCGGGCACUGUCUUUCCGCAGGGCAUGACGGUGGCUUUCAAACGUGCUAUAUUGAACCAAGCAGUGAUGAAAGACCCAAUCGCUGGUCGUAUCCACGUCAUCCUCAAUGAGCUGCUUACCAUGCAUCAUCCACCGCUACGUGCACACCCAAACAUUGUCAAGCUUCUUGGCAUUGGAUUCGAGACCGAAGGGCCUAGUGACGACCAGAGAGCAAUGCCGGUUCUGAUACCCGAAUGCGCUGAGCUUGGCAAUCUGGCAGAAGUCUUAGAGACCGCCAGGAAAGAAGAUAGGCCCUUGAAGUUCGGAGAGAAGUUGUCAUUAUGUCUCGAUAUUGCGCACGGUCUUGAGAUACUUCAUGCAUGCGAUCUUAAGCUACUUGGGAAAUUGACAGACUUUGGUGUCUUGAGGCUUGAAGAUGGUGGCUUGAUGCUGGGCGGCAGUCGCCCAUGGCAAGCGCCUGAAUUCUCUCGAACGGCCUACUUCAAGAUUGAAGAGGCAAAGCGGACGGACGUUUAUAGCUUCGGUAUGCUACUCUGGCGUGUCUUCCUCAACGGUGAUCCUUUCAAGUCUCUAGGAGAUAUUGAAGGCAAGACCCCAAAGGAGAAACGGCAAUCCCGAAACGAUGCCAUAGCCGCUUUAAAAGAUGGAGACCAUUUGGUACAACACGUCUGCGCUUCUCUCGCACUGUCCGAAGAUUUCACGCGUUCGCAGCUCGAAAUGCUUUGUGAGGUCAUUGGUACUACUUUAGUAAAAGACCCAUCCCGUCGAGAGCUCGAUAUGGCAAGAAUAAUAAGACUAUUGUCUCCUAAAAACUGGUAUGAAGCGAGGCAUCCCGUCCCACCAAAACGUCUUCCUCUCGAGGUCGACGCCCAUCUACUUGACAUGGAGAAAUGGCACUCGGAAUUCGAACGAGUCAGUCCCGUGGUACAGACUCUUAUGGCUCUAGGCUUUCAGGACUGUGCUCAAGGCCCAUCUGAACAUUCGGAGGUGGAUUUGCUUGAAGAGGAGAGCGCAGCUGCAUACCAGCUGGCAAUCUGUUACGCGAACGGAUUCGGUGUCCAUUUCGAACCCGGAGAGUGCUUAAAAUGGCUCCAGGUUGCGGCUGAUGGUGGGUCACAAAAGGCGCAAGAAGCACUCCCUAAGGUGGCACAAGCGUUUCAAGCACAUUCGACAAAUUUCACCGAUCCUUGGGCUAAGUCUGAUGAUACCUGCUCACUUCUUAGCUCCUCAUGGGCGUCUGAGUUUCCCGACACAACCACCCCUGCUACCGAGGCAGAUGGCAUCAUAUCCCUACGUUUGAAUGACGGUACCGCCUUACCUGGCGCCACAUGGACUCUACUGAAUGCCGCAGAAAGAUGCAGGUAUGAUGUCCUCGAAUCGUUACUGAUGAGCUCCGCCAAGCCUAGUACCUCGGAGGAUGGCGUUUCCCCCAUUCAUUUCCUCUCGUCCUGGGAUGUCAGCAAAGCGGAAGGACUGGGACACAGAUUGAUUAUGGCCGGCGCAGAAGUCAACGUCCAAGCAAAGCGUGGCCCCACUGUGGGUGGCACUCCGCUGAUGUGGUCCGUCUAUGGAGACCAUGUCGAGCAUUCGCAGAUCUUGCUCAAUCUUGGUGCUGACCCAAUGGCUGCAACCGUCGACGGUGAUGAUGCUCUUUCAUUCGCUGCAAAAUUACAUCUUACCGCCCAUCUACGAUUGUUGCUGGAAAAUGUGCGCCCAUCUCAGGUGCGUGGUCAUCUACGCCGACUGAUUGCGGCCGCAGCUGGGGGCGAGAGUCGAUUUACUCGGAUUUUAAGGCACGGAAGAAGUUGGACAACAGCUGCUACGGAAACGCUACAACUGUUACGGGAUUGGAACGCCCUUUUCCCUGACGCAGAAGAUUUUAGAAGUCUUGUGCUACCGGCGCUCGAAUCUGGUCUAAAAACUUCUCAUGGUCGCAUGAAUACUGACAUACAGGUUGACUUUAUCAAGUCGGCUAAAAUAGAACCACUCUACAUGCACAACCUCUUGCGUCAGAGCGUACUGAGCUUCAACAAGGAGCUCUUCGACGCUGUUCUUGAUUAUGGUGUGCCAGUAUCCACCCUCUUCGAGCGGAAGAAAGGUCUACUGCAUCUUUGUGCAAAGAUUCCAGAUCAUAGCGUUGCGGCUACAGAGUUCGCUCCCCGUCUUUUGGACUUGGGCGCGGCAAUCGAUGCAACGGACGAGGAUGGCAUCACUCCAUGGAUGCAUGCGAUUCUCGAGCGCAAGUGGGAUCUGGCGGAUCUACUAAUGAAGAGGGGUGCAAAUGCUCUAGCCACCGACAAGGCUGGCUUCAACGUUCUUGGUCUUUGCAUCACUUCUCUCAACCUGGGAGCUAUCAAGUACCUCAUGAAGUACUGUGAACAAAAACAAAAGUUCCAACAGGAUUCCUUCUUGAUUAACAAAGAGAAGCAAAUCAGCGCACUCCAAUUAGCUUCCACUUUAAUCCCACCGCGUGCGCACGGCAUGAAAUUGGAAGUUGUCGGCGUCUUCCUGACCAUCUUAACAAACUUUGCUGUCGAACCUUGGCAAUUGAACUUCCGCUCGGACGGCCUGCUACCCGAUGCAUCAGCACUCGAUAUUGCAGCUUCAAAGGGCAAUGUGCACGCCGUCAAGAACUUGGUCAAAAAGGGAGCACAUCUGGCGGGAGGAAGCCGUGCAUCGGGUUGGGCACAGGCCAAGCUGUCCACCACGACUGACUUUAUGCAACGGAAGGAUCUGGAACGCUGCACAUUCAUCAUAGAGAACUGGGACGACAAGCACAAACAGACACGGAGACUAGCGGACGACUGGACAAAUAUGCGUACGAUAGACGAGUCACGCGUCGCUUCGAGUUGGGAUAUCUUGGUCUUCGAUUAUGCCAAGCGAGACAACAUAAAAAAAGCCCCGUCAACAACGGAGGAGGCUUGA